ACUUCGUAGUAUUGUAUCAAAUUUACAUAUAAACUACACAUGCAUGUCCUCCUAGCUGCCCAUCAACAUUCUUCUUCUUCUUUUUUUUUUUUGCAGGGGUAGCCCAUCAACAUCUCGAUCCUAUAGUACUCAGAGUACUAUAUGUACACUUGUUCCACGAGAGGAGGGGAUUAUACAAACGAAAAAACGGAUUCACACACCACACAGCAGCAGUACUACCGUGCAAGCAAACGCCCACCUCGUCGGGCUCUAUACAAACAACACGUACUUUAGCUAAUUUCCAUCGUAUACCGAAUACACAGGCAGCUAGCUAGCUGAGUAUCGUUCCUCGUCUGGCCUCCGGUCGGUGAGCUCGCGACGCGACGACGAUGUCGACGAGAGCAGCUCGCCGGAGCAGCGGCGUGGGGCACUUCGCGGUGGGGCGGCGCCUCCGCCACGUGGCGCAGAUGACGCCGGCGGUGGUGGUGGACACGGCCGGCGGGUGCGGCUGCCGGCCGCGCCGGCCGAGGCUGACGAUGGCGCUCAGGCUCCCUUCCUUCCUCAAGCCCAGCUCAUCCUUCUCGACGGCCAGCAAGCCGCCGCCGGCGAGGAGCGCCGAAGCCGCGUCGGCAUCCAGCUCGACGGCCAGCUUCUUCCCGUCCUCGUCCUCGGCCGCAUCCUUCUCCUCCUCCUCCAGCGGCGCCGCCUCCAAGCAUCAUCAGCAGCAGCAAGGAUUAAACAAUUGGCCUCCUUCUUCUCCGGCGCCGGCGAGCGUGACGAGGAAGAAGAAGAAGACCCGGCAGCAGCAGCAGCAGCAGCAGAGCCAGAGGUCGUCGUACUACUACCAAGUUGAAGAGAAGAAGAAGAAGAAGAAAGCGGCGGCCAUGGCGAUGAUGGAGGAGGAGGGGGUGGCGGUGGAGAAGGAGUCGUCGGACCCUCGGGGUGACUUCAGGGAGAGCAUGACGCAGAUGGUGGUGGAGACGGGGCUGUGCGGGUGGGACGACCUCCGCUGCAUGCUCCGCCGCCUCCUCGCCCUCAACGCGCCCCGCCACCACGCCGCCAUCCUCACCGCCUUCGCCGAGCUCUGCGCCCAGCUCGCCGCACCCCCGCCGCCGCCGCCAUCCUCAUCCUCGCCUCCGCCGCCACCCCAUUACCAGUACCAGUACUCGUAAUAUAUAGCUGGAUUUGCUAAGGCUUCGAGCGAGAUCCUGGCACCACCUGGGCGUUCUGGGCGUCUUCUUCUUCUAGCUAGGCACGGCCCGUCAGGAGGUAGGAGGAUUCCCUGUCAGGCGUGGCGAGAGGAUCUUGAGAAGAAGAAACUUAGCAAAUCUGCUGCUAGCUAGUACUAGUAGUGCUAACCUGCAGGCGUUUGAUUAAUUUCUGGUUUUCUUCGGUUGUUUAAUUUCCUUGUGAGUUGCUUAAUUUGCUGCUGCUUAAUUAGUGCGUGCCAUGCAAGUGCAGCCAUGGGCCCAUGGCCAUGGCCUUCGGUCUUGUGUGAAGGUCUCCAUGCCAUGCAUGAACAGUGGAGUGCUGUAAUAAUUGGUACGAGUAGUACAGUUGUUUAAGUACUAAUUGGAGUGCCAAUCCGUGAGUUAAGUAAGUGAGUUUGUGUGCAUUGCUUACCCUCACAAGUCAACUGCACCACUCGGUGCGCAUGCUACUAAGCUAGCUAGUUCUACAUGCAUCACACAUGUAGUUUUUGUACACACAACUAAUGAAGAUUAUUCAUGCGCAGCCUAUCUGAACAUACAUAUGUACGCAUUUUUCUUUUAAGAGAGGAAUUUUAUUCA